AUGCAUCUCAAAGGAAUCUCGUCGAUGGCUUUGAGCUUGUUGGUGGCGCAGUCGGUCAUCGCAAGCCCGUGUAAACCGGUAGCCUCCCGUGCCAGCUCAUCUAUCUUGAGUUUUAUGAUAUCUAUCUCUGCACCGUCCUCUACAGGCUCCGAGACACUUGUUCUGGAGACAACGUCGACCGAGAGCGAGACGGCUACUACCGUGGAAACAAGUGUCGCAAGUGCUAUUACAACCACUGCAUUUACCAUCGAUACAGCCACUAGCAGCGCAAAGUCAUCUACAAAGACUGAAGCUUCUUCGAAUGCGAUCGGGACAAGUGCCAUCGCCACUGAGGCCACGACUGUAGCUGAGGGCAGUACUUCUAUGGCUGACGGCACUACAACUAUCGUUGUCUCUUCAACUGCUGAAAGCGCUACCACCACCGAUACAACGGAGACCGAGGCAAUCACUGAGUCUUCAACUGCUAUCGACACCGCCGCAACUACGGCAAAGACGACAACUAGGACUGAAACCACUACUAGUGCAGUUGGUGCAACCAGUACCUCGGCUGAAACAUCAGCUACAACUACAGAUGGUACAACAGUUGCUGUCAAGGAGAGCACAGCACAAACAUCUGAGGGUGUUACAAUAACAACUGUGACCAAGGAUACAGCUACGUCUAUCUCUGUGGACAGCACGGCAACAACUGCUGAGGGUUCAACAACCACUGAUAGCGUCACAUCUUCGGAGGGCAGUACAACAACUCAAGCAACAGACUAUACUACAUCAAUACCCAGUAGCGACACUACGACAAGCGGUGAAAGUGUCACUACUAUUACAACUUCGUCCGAGGGUGUUGCUACAACAACAUCUGGAGACAAUACGAGCCGCAACCAAGACACUACGACUACUAUCGCGACUACAUCUAAGAGUGGUGCUUCACCUACCACGACUUCAUCGGAGCAUAGCACUACAAUGACUGAUGCUAGUACGACAACAGGAUCUGGUGAGACUACCCUUCUUAUCACUACUUCAUCCGAAGACGGCAGUACAACGGCCAAGGAUAGUACUUCUGCGAUCCCAACAUCGGAAGGCAGUACUGUAACAUCUGGAGACAUCACUACCGCUGUCACGAUGUCAUCUGGAGGCAGAACUACAUCAUCCGAGGACAGCACUACCACUGUAGCAACUUCAGCAAAAGCCAGCACUGAAACAUCUGGACUGGGUACAACAACUUCUGGUGACAGCACUACCGUCACUGUGACUUCAUCAAAGGAGACCAGUGCUACAACUGAUGGAACGACUACUACCACUGCUGCUGCGGAGGACAGUACUACAACUUCUGUAGAAAGCACAACAACAGCCGAACAGAGCACAACGGCUAAAGAGAGCACGACAACGGCUGAACAGAGUACUACAACGACAGAUGAGACUACUACCACGACUUUUGAGACAACUACCGCAGCGGGCACCACCACCACUGGCUGUCCUCCUCCAACCACCGUCCUCGCAAACCCAACACCUCUAUUCACCUCAGGAGAUUUCCACAUGGAUGAAUACGACACCGUUCACCUCCCUUUCCCAGUCGGCAUAUACGGCCACCUCUCAAACACAGUCUAUGUUAGUACAAUCGGCAUGUUAACCCUCGUAGCUCCAGACAACUUCUACGAGGGUAACUACGAGCUUCCCUUUACUACAUACUACCCAUCAGUGGCUAUCUUUCCAUACUGGAUUGAGUAUAUGUAUAUGAUGUCCGAUGUCUGCAACUCAGGCAUCUCGUACGAGGUUCAUCAGACGUCUAGGGGGCAGACGUUCACUGCUGAGUACACCAUGGGUGCGCUACGCGAUGAUGGUUCUACAGACACGGUUCACUUCACCGUUAGCUUGUAUAAAGAUCAUCCUGGGUUGGUGAGAUUCGUGUACUACCGCACUUAUACUGUUGACCACCCGACUGUUGGUGUCCAAGCUGGUGACGACUCUUACUCGCAGUACUCUUUUGGCAUGGCGAUACCAGAAAACUCCUACGUCGAGAUUGAUACGAGCAGUGGGGAUGCUUUCACGACUAGUGGCCAGCUGUGA